GCACUGUCAAUAAAAAUGAAUGGGGACAGCUUGAAAAAAUAUUGAGGAUAAUUCUAUGUGAUUAACAAGUAGCUCUAAAUUUUUCAAUAUCCCUGGAAGGCAGGAGUUUCCCUGUUUACAAAGGAGAAAACGGAGUCAGUGGGUCACAGUGACUUGGCCCAAGUCACACAGCCAUUUGGUGGUUGGUGUAGCCUGGGGGUUCAGUCUUCCCCUUGUAGCCCCGCAGGACCCAGCAGAUGAUGAGGAUCCGACCGAGGCGGGUAACGACAGGAAUGCGCCAUUUCUACUCGGUAACUACGGGAAAGCCCAGAGGACCGCGACUAAGAAGAGCUGAUGGCCGCAGAGGCUCGGGAAGGAGAAGCGAGGCGGGCAGAAGCAGUUUUGGGUCUCGGCGGCCGCCGUAGGAGCGGCGCUCUGAUCCCCAUGGCAACAACGAACUAGCGGGAGGUUUUUGUGAGGUGCAGCCGCGGCGGAUUGGCCCAAGCGCCGAGCAGAAUCCGUGAACUGCCCGUGGCCCCGUGGGUGCAGCUCCUGAACUGACCGGCGCUGUCCCGCCCCAUGGACGCCUCCUCUAGCCCGUGGAAUCCAACCCCGGCUCCCGUCAGCAGUCCCUCCCUGCUGCUCCCCAUCCCCGCCAUCGUCAUCAUCGCUGUGGGCAUCUAUCUGUUGCUGCUGGGCCUAGUGCUGCUGACUAGGCAUUGCCUGCUGGCCCAGGGCUGCACAGACUGCAGUUCCCCCUGCAGGAAGCAAGGCGCCUCCAGGCCCCAAGACUGUUGCUGGACCUGUGCAGAAGCCUGCGACUUCCCUCUGCCCAGCCCAGCCCACUACCUGGAUGCCUGCUGCCCCCAGCCCUCCGAAGCUGAUUGGGCCCCUCGCUGCCCUCGCUGCUGCCCACUCUGUGACUGUGCCUGUGCGUGCCAACUUCCUGACUGCCAGAGCCUCAACUGUCUCUGCUUUGAGAUCAAGCUCCGAUGAUGACCCAGUGUCCCUGCCCCUUGGGGGAGCGGCCACCCCCCGGGGCCCACAUGCCCUGUUCCCUGAGGGGCCUCAGGACACCUUUCUCCAGGCCACUGGAACCACAAAUGGCCUGCCCAGCUCAGCAGCCUGGGAACCAGCAGCGGAGAGCCUGGCUCCCAGCAGAGCGAGACUCAGAGAGCCCUUGGCUCGCUGGACGGCAGCCCCUUUGGAAGGCCAGAAGACAGAGGGGCUAGUGCUUCGGCAGGUGCCCCUGCCCUCCUCUCCUCCUCCCCAAGUAAAUGAUUGUGUUUGAA